UAAUUAUAAACACCAACCUCUACAUAUACAUAGCACACAUUCAGCUGUCCUAGUUCUAACAGAUAGACUACAGGAUCACCACUGUCGGUAUACGCACCAGUAUCCGAAAUCUUACGAUGAAGCUGUCACUAUUUGUCUUGGCAAUUUGCUUUUCCGUGGCGAUUGCACAAACAACCACGGCCCCUAAAUUUAACAGAGCAUGCAAAUGUACAAAAGAAUUACACGAGGUCUGUGGUGAGGAUGGUAUUACAUACGAUAAUGAUUGUUUAAGGAGAUGCAAUCAAGUUGGUCUGCUGCACGAUGGGGAGUGCGAGGACGACCUGUGUAUCUGUAGCAGAAGAUACAACCCUGUGUGUGGGGAGGACGGACUUACUUAUCCUAACGACUGCGAGAUGGAAUGCAUGGGAGUGAACUUUGACCACGAUGGCAGUUGUGAUAAGAAAUAACAGACCAAAUGACACAAACAGGACACAUGAGCCAUCAUUGGAUACACACAAAGAUUGGUGUCAGUUUUCAACUUAUAUAGACAUCAUAUGAACAUUAUUUUCUGUUUAGAUAUAGAUGAUUAAUUAAGAUGUCAUUCGAUUAACAAUUAAAUAUGAGAAUACACA